CAAAGCAGCGGAGCACUGCAAUAUUCUGACCUGUUGCCAUGCUUUCGUGCGUGCGUGCCCUUCCUGAAUUUACGGCUGUUUCAGAGCCGCUCGGCCUCUGGAAGGAUCUGCACAAGCCUCUGAAGGGCUCUGAAGGGCUCUGGAGGGCUCUGGAGGGCUCUGGAGGGUCUGAGGGCUCUGGAGGGGUCUGGAGGGCCCUGGAGGGCCACACGUUCGGCGAGACCGCCAACACGAACAAGAAGGCCAAGGCCGAGAAGGCCGCCACCUCCUCUGCCAGCACGCCGACCAAGAGCGGCAAGGAGAGCGGCAAGGACACGGAUGGUACCAAGUGGUACUACUGCGACUUUCACGGCCGCAACCCCUCGCACCCAAGCAAGGAGUGCAGGACGCUGGGAAACCGCCGCAGCGCAGCGGCAGCUAACAGCGCAGCCAAUCAUCAACAGCCAACUUACAGCGGCAACGACCCGCUGGACAAGCUGGUGGUCGCCAUUCAGGGCCUGACACGCAGCGCGGCGGCAACCACUCGCUCGGCGAGCGCAGGAGGCGCCGCCAGCGGUGCGCCCCGCACCAAGUACGAGGCGGACAAAGCCAAGCGCGGCAAUCGCCCUCCGCACCGCGGCGAGGGACGCCGCGGGGAAGGCGACCGCCCAAGCGAGCAGUGCGGUUUCUGCUUCAUGUUCACGCACACACGCGAGAACUGCCCAAUCGAGGAUCCGGACAAGGCAUCUCACUCUGACUGGGUGCCGAGAUCUCCGGCCAUGAAGCUGCUCUUCGAGCAGGCCAAGGCCCGCAAGGCGCAGGAGAAGCAGCAGCGUCAGGCCGCUGCCACUGCGCACCGCGGAGAGGAGGAGGAGGAGGAGGAGGAGGAGGAGGAGGAGGAGGAGGAGGAGGAGGAGGAGGAGGAGGAGGAGGAGGAGGAGGAGGAGGAGGAGGAGGAGGAGGGCGAGUACGGCACCAGCUGCGUGACCGCAUUAUUGCUGCGGCCGCACUGGUGCACGCCCACUGCACGACAGGAGGACUGUUACGGCCAGUGGCGCGGCGCUGAGGCCCAGGCCGGGCAGGAUGCCCCCUGCAGCGGGGGCUCCGCAGCGUCCAGCCCACCGGCCAAACCAGCAGGGGCCAAACCCUGCGUGAUCGUGCGCACGCCAGGAGUGCCAUACAAGCCAGGGGUGCCGGGCAGCGAGCCUACGCUCCACUACGACGUCCACGCCUGCGCACCCCCGCCAUGCCAAUGAUAGUCCCAGGUCUACGCAUGCUUUGUCUGGGAGCGCGGCCCCGCCCCGCACGUGUACAGGUGUACGACGGCCAGCAGGGUGUCAUGCGCCAGCGCGUGACCGGACCCAGCGUGGACGGGACACGCAAAGAGCAUGAAAGUGACUGCGAACGAGAGUGAGAAGACGCGCCGUGUGGCGGUUGGCAGAUCGGGAAGUUCUUGGCGGUACGCCAUCCACGAAGCAAGUAAGACGGUUAUUCUUUGCACUACAAGUUGCGUACGCCACGAAGAUGGCAGUCAGUGCCUGCAUGUGUUUGGCCCUUUGUGGCAUGGUGCGUAUGCGUGUGUCUCUGUCCGCGUGUGUGCCAGGGAGACGGGGCGCCAAGCCCAGGUGAGGCCUGCGGUGUCAGCCAGCUGUGUGGUUGGGAUUACGCACGUAGAACGCGUCUUUGCUUAGCGUGUACAUCUCUGCGUCGCCUUGCUGCUGAUAUUGGUCAAGAUAUUGGUUGAGCUAGCGUUGCUGAGUCGGGACGUAGGAGGAAGCUGGCCUUCGCAAAGGGGACUGAUUCCCCGUACGGCAGAGCAAGGCGGGCUUAAGAGCGCGUGGCACGAAGGCAAGCACUGUCUUGCUUCGUGCUGACACGUACAGCCUGCAUGGGGGACACGGCUGCAUGGGGGACUCGACGCCAUGU